AAUCAUGAUGCAACUUACUUAACAUAUUGCGAAAUAAUUGGAAUAUAUCAACAAAGUUGAAAUGCCACCGUUACGAUUAACAUAUUGCGACUUUGCAACCUUAGACUUUCAUAUCGAAACAUUUUCCCAGAGCCGAGCAAACGGAGGUUUAUCCGGCGGGGAAUAGAAAGCUUUCCAAGCGAACACUGCUCCUUGCACCCUGAAUCACUAUUCGGUUUAAAAAUGGGUUCUACUAAUAACUCUCAUCGGAGUUACGACGAUGGUGAUGUAUCAAGCAUUUCCAAAGAUUUCGAGCCAUCUCGCCAGGCGUCACUUUAUGGAAAACGGAAACUGGUUAAGAUUGGAUUCUGCGAAAUCUCACUAUUUUGGGCAAACUUGUUAUUUGCAUUUGUGGCUGUAGCCGGGCAAGUCGGUCAAAACGUGUCUCUUCCGCUAUGGAUCGAUUCUGUCAUGAACGGAAAUCAUUCGGGAAAAUCAGUGGACAGUUACUUUGUGCUAUCUUUUGCAAGUUUGUCUUUUGUCAUAGUAUUUGGACUGGGAACGUUGUUCACUAAAAUCUUUUCACCGCAAGAUCUCGGCGAAACAGAAAAGCGUUUUCCUCACCUUCUGCUCUUCUUGGUUGGCCUCUGUGACGCCUUGAACGGAGCUUUGGUAGUAUUCGCGAGUAAAGGAUCACGAACACCGCCAUACCUUCAAGCGAUUCUUGGAAACUUCAUGAUUCCUUUGACGAUUUUAUUCCGGGUACUGAUUGUGCGUAAGAAGCCCACCUUGCUGAAGUUGUCCUGUGGUAUCAUCGUGGUUGUUGGUCUUUUUAUUUGCCUCAUCCCAACAAUUUUUCCCGAGGUUGAUCCUAAAGCCGAGAAAAAAAAAAACGAAGCCGAAGGUGUUUCGAGAGUGAUGUGGCCCAUAAUUUUCAUGCUUGGUUUCGUUCCGGCAGCCAUCAUGAACGUGCUCGAGGAGAGAGGUGUGAAGAUGGAAAAUAGAUCGUCAAAGAAAGGGAUCAACCUGUUGUAUUUUCUGUUCUGGACGUCUUCAUAUCAGCUGCUCUGUGUGGGAGUUUUGUUUUGGUUGGACAUUCUGCCGUGGUAUGGAUAUGUUAGCAAUAUCCAAGAGUUUGGGGAAAAUUGGUGGUUUGGCGUUCAAUGCUUCUUUGGCGCAGCAGGUUGUGACUACAGGUCAGGUACCAGAGGAACUAUAUUCAUUCUGAUGUACGUUCUAUCUUAUGUUGGUGGAGCCAAUCUACUGAGACACGCCGAGGGAGCCACUUGGCUGGCUAUUGUCACGUCACUCGUUACUCCACUGGGAUUCAUUUUCUGGACAUUGUUCGACGAAUCACCAUUCAAAUGGCACCCCGAAGGUCACGUGAGCACCUGGUUCAGUAUCGGCGCGUUAGCGAUCAUGGUCCCCGCCAUUUUUGUUUACAACAUGGGAGCACCAGAGAUUUCGAUGAACGCGAAUGAAAGUGAGGAGUUUUAUCACUCCGCUUCCGCUGACCGGUAUGACUCAACAUCAGGAUCAAGGAAAUAUCUUUUCCCAGAAGGCAGACAUACACUGAACAAUGCCCUUUUAAAAGACUAAAAAACCGAUCAAGUCAUUAUACCCGUGUUUUGUCAUUAUUCAUGUAGCGGAAGGGACAAAAACCGAGCGGGUUCCGGCAAGAAUGUUAGUAGACAGCAGUCAUUAGCGGCAAAUCUAGGCCACACUGCUUGUAAAGUGCUUGCAUUGGAUCCGAAAAAGGGGACACUAGCAUGUUCAGAAAGAAUUCCAAAAUAGAAUUUGCUAAUUAGAGAGAAGCUUUCUCUACAGAUCGUUUGUUCUGAAAUAUCGAAGCAGUGAGCUUAAUUUGACACACAGAGAUAAUAAAAUUGAAAAAAAAAAAUUAAAAAUAACGGUGAUUAUAAAGCGACUACUUUUGUACAA